AUGUUCUCAAAGGCGUGCAUUCUGAUCGCAGCCGUUGCCUCCCUGACUGCAGUCAAAGCACAGACAUGCUCCAUUGAUGUUUUCCAGGCCAUACUACCGGAAGGGGCGACAGCAUUAUCCGCCAUAAGCGUGCCCGACGAUGGCACAUUCGGCGACCCUACCGAGAUAGCAUAUCCCGGCAACGCCAGCGCCCUGCCAGCUCUCUGCGCCGUGACAAUCAACGUCACUAGCUCUCCAUCCUCUUCAUUCCGCUUCGGCCUGUUCCUCCCCGAAGACUGGAAUGGUCGCUUCUCUGCGGUUGGCAAUGGUGGACUCGCAGGAGGCAUCAACUGGCCGGCCAUGGGCAUCAUGGCGCGCUAUGGCUUUGCAGUCAUGUCCACGGACACCGGCCACAACGGAACCUCCAUUGACGGACGCUUUGUCUUGAAUGGCCCAGAGACUAUCACCGACUGGCAAUACCGCGCGAUGCAUGGCAGUGUCAGCGAGGCAAAAGCCAUCGUCAAAGCUCACUACGGCCACAACAUCAGCUACAGCUACUACAACGGCUGCUCGACCGGCGGGCGCCAGGGCCUGCUCGAAAUGCAGCUCUAUCCCGAAGACUUCGACGGCAUCCUCGCCGGUGCACCGGCCUGGGAGUCCAACAAGAUCGCCGCCUACAUGGUGCAGAUGGGCAGCCUCAACCUGCCCAACACAUCGGACCACCACAUCCCACCCACGCUCUACCCACUCAUCGAAGCCGAAGCCCUCCGACAAUGCGACCCCGUCGACGGCGUCACCGACGGCGUCAUCUCCGACCCCCAAGCCUGCCACUUCCGCCCCGAGACCCUACUGUGCAACCCCAACCAGAACACCUCCAGCAGCGCCUGCCUCACCGCCCCGCAGCUCAACACCCUCCACCUCCUCUACGGCCACCACUCCACCAUCGCCAACCCCCUCUUCUACCACCCCCUCUCCCCCGGCACCGAAGCCGACUGGCCGCGCUUCCUCCCCGCCGACGCGCCCCUCAUCCUCGGCACCAGCAGCCUCGCCUACCUCGGCCUACAGGACCCCACGUGGGACUGGCGCUCCUUCAACUACAGCAUCGUGCUCGACCGCGAGGCCACAGGCGACCGCCGCGGCAUCCCCGAGCACUUCGCCGCCACAAGGGAGUUUGCGGCGCGCGGCGCCAAGUUGCUGCACUACCACGGUCUGGCGGAUACGCUGAUUCCGUGGGCGUCGAGUCGGACAUUCUACGAGAUGAUGGUCGCCGGCAUGAGCGUCGUCGCGGCGGCGGCGCAGGAGGGGGUCGCGUACGAUGUCGACGACUUUUACCGCCUGUUCUUUGUGCCCGGGUUGCUGCACUGUAGCGGCGGGGCGGGCGAGGCGCCCUGGUAUAUUGGCGGGGCGGGGAGCAUGCCGGCCUAUCUGGGCGAGGGGGUCCACAGCGUGCCGGGUCAGGAGGAUGCGGAGCAUGAUGCGGUGCUGGCGCUGGUGCGGUGGGUGGAAGAGGGCGUGAAGCCGGAGUUUCUGGUCACGACGAAGUGGGAGGGUGAUGAUGUGGAGGGCCAGGUGCUGGCGAGGAGGAAAGCGUGUCCGUAUCCGGGCAGGGCGGCGUUGGUGCACGAGGGGGCGGAUCCGAGGAGGGUGGAGAGCUGGGUGUGUUCAGAGUAA